AUGGGGCCGCCCGUGCCUGGCGCAGGCAAGGCUGUGGCAGGGCUGGACGCGGCGGUGCAGGGGUACCCCUUCGAGGCCUGGGGGCUGUCGGGGCCCGACCUGCUGGGGCUGUCGGCGGGGGCCCUGGAGGUGCUGGGCGUGCGGUGCCUGGGGCACCAGGAACUGCUGCUGGAGGCCGUGGAGCAGCUCCGCGCCCUGGAUGCAGGGCUGGCGAGCACCAGCCUGCGGACGCUGACGGAGAAGCUGCGGGAGCUGGCGCUGGGCACCCAGAGGCUGGUGCUGGGGGGGCUGCAAGCGGGGGCUGCCUGCCGGCCACCCCCCCUUACCCUCCUGGCCCACGUCGUCGACCUGGUUGGGGCUGCCAAGGGGCUCUUCUCCUGGCUCAACAGGUACCUCUUCUCCACCCUUAAUGAUUUCUCGGCCACCCGGGACAUCAUCCUGCUCUGCGCCCAGCUGGCAGAGACCCUGCAAGUGGAUUGUCCUGCGGCUGAGAGGGACAGCCAGAUCGUGCGGAUUUGCCAGCACAUCGUGGGCAUCUGUGAGAGCAUCGUGGGCUGCAGCCCCCCAGCACUGCUGGACUGUAGGGCUGUGCUGCAGCCUGUGGGGCUAGAACUGCCCCCCGGCCCAUGGGGCAGCCCAUCGACAUCCCCCCACACCCCAACACUGUCCCCCAGCCCAGCAGAGAGCCCUCCAUCAUCUCCUGACACUCCGACGCCACCCUCUGACCCCCUGGAGAGCCCCCCACUGCUCCUCACAGCCUUGCUGGGCCUUGAGAUCACCUCCACCAGCUCUUGCCUGCACUUUGUGUCUGCAGCCACCUCGCAGGCUCUGGCUGCCCACGGGGGCCGCAUCCUGCCCGGGGACGAGAUCGUGCAGGUCAAUGAGCAGGUCGUGGUGGGUUGGACACGCAUCAACCUGGAGAAGAAGCUGCUGGAGAAGACGAGCGGGGUGACGCUGGUGCUGAAGAAGAUCCCUCUCGACUUGCCUGGCUCACCCCCCUCUCCCAGGCAGCAGCUCCUAGGAGCAUUUUUGGAUGCUGAGGAUCCCCCCAGCACCAGGAGCUGUGAAUGCCCGGGCAGCCCCAUGUCCCUGACCUCCAGCGCUGCUGCCGACUUGGACUCGGGGCCAGACUCUGCGCCGGACCCUGGCACUGACGAAGAGGAGGAAGAGAACGAGCGGGACUCGAGGCUGCCCAGGGUGGCUGUGCAGGGACACCACGACGGUGCUGCAGAGGAGGUGGUGUGGGAGACCAGCACCCCACCGGGCACCCCGUGCUCUCCGGGCACCCUCGGUGCUGCCGGACCCUGCGCCGCGGAGCUCAGCCCCACAGCAGCCCCUGCCACGGGGGCUGGGGGCACAGAGCCCGGCCAGCUCCCUGCGGAGGGCAGCCCACAGAGGGGACGCAGACCAAAAGGAGUGGCGACCAGGCUGAGCCGCCGGCGGGUCUCAUGCCGGGACCUGGGCCGGGUGGACUGUGAUGGCUGGCUCCUGAAGAAGAAGGACCACGUGGGCUUCAUGGCCCAGAAGUGGAAGCGAUGCUGGUUCGUGCUGAAGGGCCACACGCUCUACUGGUACCACCACCCCAAUGAUGAGAAGGCUGCAGGACUCAUCAACGUGGCCACCUAUGACCUGGAAAGCACGAGGGAGCAGAAGAAGAAAUACGUGUUCCAGCUUUCCCAUCAGAGGUACAAGCCCUUCAUCUUCGCCGCAGAGACGCUGGCCGAUUUGAGCAUGUGGGUCAGUCGCCUAAUAACAGCCAAAACACAGUACACACUGGCCCACCAGUCUGUCCCAGACAGGGAGGAAGACUGCUACAGUGAGACAGAAGCUGAGGACCCCGAUGAUGAGUCCCCCAGGCGUGGAUGCAACUCGCCAAGGAAGAGGCCUCAAAACACUCCAGAGAAAACCCAGCUCUUUUCAGCCAGCGGCGAGCCCAGCAGCACAGCCAGCAGCCCCCAGGGCAGCCCCCGGCCCUGCUCACCCAUGGACCCCGCUGGGGAGGAUCUCGAGUGCCUGAUGCAGUGCCUGAAGCAGGGAGGGGUGUCCCUUAUCGGGCAGCAGCGGUUCCUGACGCAGGAGCAGUGCCGCAAGUCCUUCAUCCGCCGCAACAAGAACCCCCACAUCAACGAGAAGGUGCACAUGGUGCGGGCCCUACAGAGCACGCUCAAGGCGAAGCUGGCAGAGCUGCAGGCCCUGGAGCAGCUGCUCAGCGAUGCUGCGCUCACCUCAGAGAAGUUCACGCGCUGGAAGGAAGAGCACCAGGAGCUGUACCAGGAGCUGCGGGAGUGGUGGGCAGGGCGUCUGGGUGAGGACCCUGAUGGGGGGCUUGGGGCUGAGCAUGGCCCCCCUGAAGAAGCAGCUGAACCCUGACACCCCACCAAGACCUCUCUGGCACGAAUCACUGCCGAUAAAAACCAUGGUGCUGUGGGAGCAAAGCAGGCGCUCUGCCCGUGCUGGGGGGCGGUGGGGGUUUGAGAACAUUUUUGAAGGCUCAGCCCGCAGCAUGGACUUGCUGUAGAAGUGGCUUCUGCUACAUCCCCCCUCCCCGGGGUGGGACGUUGCGGUGACAGGCUUCCUUUAGUCAAGGGUGCCUUGGCUGCACGUUGGCAACAGGGACUUUUCCCUGGAGGAACGUGCCCCUGCCACAGCGCUGCCAGCCGGCCUGGCCGGGGUCUCUUCCACUGUAAAUAAAACUGUGUCAAGGGCUGAUUGUGCCGUGGUUUUCCUUGUCCCCGCCAUGACAGCCACCCCCCAACCGUGCCAUGUGCCACCAACCCCGAGGGGCUGUGACCCCGCCGUGCCCUGCUCCCCUCUCCCCGCAGACUGCACCAGGAAGCCCCCACCAACCCCCAGCAGCACCCAUGGGGGCCAGCGCCAGACCCCACACCAGGGGCAGGGUCCUGUGGCUGGGGAGGGGUCGCUGCUGGCAGUGCCCUGCUCCAGCCGGGGCGUGCCCUGCCUGCGGAGCCGGGGAGGGCAGGUGGCCCCCACCACACGCGAGGCCUGCGGGGACCAGGCCCAGCGCCACUGCCUCCCCACCGAGGAGACCCAGCUGGGGGCGACCGCCUGGCCUUGACCUCAGCCUGGGCUGGGUGAGAGGGCGAUGGGGCCUGUAGGGGCUGCGCGCAGCCGGGGCGGCAGAGCCGGGCGCGCCGCCCUCCCUCACCCG